AUGGCAACAUUGGCGCCCGCGGGCCCCGGGGAAGCCGCCUCGGCCGCCCUGGACGAGCUGUCACUGAAUUUCACGUACGGGGCGUCAGGUGCAGGCAACGGCUCCCUCUCAGGCGCCUGGUACCGCAGGAACCAGAUUCACCUUUUUGGAGUUUUGCUGGCCAUUUUAGGAAACUUGGUGAUCAGCAUUUCUCUAAAUAUUCAGAAAUAUUCUCACCUUCAGCUGGCACAACAGGAGCACCCAAGGCCAUACUUCAAGAGUGUGCUGUGGUGGGGUGGUGUCCUGCUGAUGGCCGUGGGAGAGACGGGGAACUUCGCAGCCUAUGGAUUUGCUCCCAUUACUCUGAUCGCUCCGUUAGGCUGUGUGUCUGUUACAGGUAGUGCCAUUAUUUCUGUUACAUUUCUGAAAGACAAUUUGAGAGCCUCAGAUUUACUAGGUAUGACACUGGCAUUUGCAGGAACAUAUUUACUGGUGAACUUUGCUCCAAAUAUAACUCAGGCAAUCUCAGCAAGAACAGUGCAGUAUUACUUUGUCGGAUGGCAGUUCCUGAUCUAUGUGAUUUUAGAAAUAUUAAUUUUCUGCAUUCUCCUAUAUUUCUACAAAAGAAAAGGAAUGAAGCACAUGGUGAUUCUGCUAACCCUGGUGGCACUUCUAGCCUCAUUGACUGUUAUUUCAGUAAAGGCCAUCUCAGGCAUGAUCACUUUUUCUAUGACGGAUAAAAUGCAACUAACUUAUCCCAUUUUCUAUAUCAUGUUUAUCAUCAUGAUAGCAUCUUGUGUUUUCCAAGUCAAGUUCCUGAAUCAAGCCACGAAACUCUACAAUACGACAAGAGUGGUGCCAGUUAAUCAUAUUUUCUUUACAAUCAGUGCCAUCAUUGCAGGUAUCAUAUUUUAUCAGGAAUUCCUUGGUGCUGCUUUUCUCACUGUAUUUGUAUAUCUUUUUGGGUGUUUUCUGUCAUUCCUUGGUGUAUUUUUGGUCACAAGAAAUCGAGAAAAGGAACAUCUGCAACAGUCUUAUAUUGAUUUUGGAAAUAUUCCUGGGAAACAAAUGUUGGACAAAAUACAACCAGAUUCAAAUAGCUUGUCCUAUGGAACUUUGCCUGAUGGAAGUGACUCAAUAAACAGCCAAAGUGGAGAGAAGAAAGAGGUCUAAAAUGCUGAGAGGGAUGACUGUUGGCC